AUGUCUGAGGAGUGCUCAGGGCAGCUGACACUGAGUUCUUCAUCCCCAGGAGCCCUCCUUGUGGACCUAGAGACCCCAGAGGAGAUACAAGCCCGGAGCUCAGGCAGGCCUGUCAGAUCCUCGAAGCAGUACCUACGUCAGGUCAUUGCAGAAUAUGAGGCGCUGGACCGAGAGCUCCCGUGCAUCCGGAAGUUCCCCACACCACCCGCUGCCCAGCCUCUCUGUCUGUGCAUGGAGACCUCACCAGAGGAGGACCUUACCCACCUGGAGGUGCUGGAGGCUCUGCAGGCCGAGUUACCCGGAGCCAUGGAGAGCGGGCGCGUGAGCAGCAUCCGCUUUGAAAAUAUGAAUGUCAUCUGUGGGACUGCGGGGCGCCGGGACAGGUGGCUCAUCACGGUCACGGACUUCCAGACUCGCUCGCGUCUGCUGCGCUCCGGCAUCCGCCUCCGCGGGAACGCACACCCGCUGGUGCGCCACGACGAGCUGCUGCUGGCCGAUUACCGCCUGCACCUGCGCCGCUCCCUUGUGCGGCGGCGCAUGCUCGAGGCCCUGGGGGCGGAGCCGACCGAGCAAGACUAACACUUAGGGGGCGGGGCCCGGCUGCGCCCGUACACCGCCCAGCUGGCUCGGGCGGCCCGCCCGGAACCCCCGAGGGAAGGGGGCGUUGCCUCCCCAGGAAGGAGGCGGGGCCGGCUCGAGGGGGUGGAUACUGUGAGUUUAAUUAUAAAGAAUGACCUGGUACAAAAGCCA